AGCUUGGCUUCAUCUUUAAGACAAAAUAAUAGCCCGCAUCACAGCUCCUAAAGAAGAUACAUUGCGGUAGAAGAAGCUUCUUCUUCUUCUUCUUGUCUCUCUCUUUCUCUCUCGCCGCCAUUAAAGCGCUCACGCUGUUUCACACGAGAAAGCGAAAAGCUGUAUUGGCGGUAGCUAACUGCCAUUCUCUUUUUUUAUUCACAUUACUUACUACACAAUCGCUGCCCUCGUUUGAUCGCUCUAUUGAUGAAAAGCAGGGGAAAUCCAAUGGCGGCGGCAAGCCCACCUCUCCUCCUCCUCCUAGUAGCUAUCUUCUCUCUCUCGGCGUCCAUGGAGGCAUCAAUCCUUCACCCUCUCGAUUUCCUUUCCCUCCAAUCGAUCCGCAAGUCUUUAUCGGACUUGCCCGGCUCCGAUUUCUUUUCACGGUGGGAUUUCACCAGCGACCCAUGCAGUUUCCCCGGCGUCUUCUGCCGCGACGAUCGCAUCGUCGCGCUGGCCCUUGGUGACCCCCGUGCCGGCGCAAUGGGUCUUACCGGCCACCUCCACCCCGCCAUUGGCCGCCUCUCUGCUCUCUCAGAGCUCUCUCUCGUUCCCGGCCGCGUCAUCGGCCGUAUCCCUGACACUCUCUCCUUCUGCUCUUCCCUACGCUUCAUCGCCCUCAGCGGAAACUUCCUCUCCGGUCCCAUUCCCUCCUCUCUCUCCUCCCUCCGCCUACUUCGCACCAUCGAUUUAAGCUUCAAUCUUCUUUCCGGCGAUAUUCCGCCGUCGAUUUUCUCCAUUCCCGCGCUUUCGAACGUCGUCCUCUGCUAUAACCACCUCUCCGGAAAAAUUCCUUCUUUCCCAGCCUCCUCUGAGCUCCUCCGCCUGGACCUCAAGCACAACAAUCUUUCCGGCGAACUCCCCGUUCUGCCCCGCUCCCUUCGUUACUUCGCUGCGUCCAGAAACCAAAUCUCAGGCCCGAUCGAUGCCAACCUCCCGGCGCUCACGAAUCUCGAUUACCUCGACCUCAGUAUGAACCGCCUAACCGGACCAAUCCCCAGCGGCGUUUUUUCCCUCCCGCUGUCAUCACUUUUGCUGCAACGUAACGAGCUCGCCGGCCCGGUGGCUCCGGCGGCGGAUGUUAAAAUAGCGGAGGUGGAUUUGAGUUACAAUCGGCUAUCCGGGCCUGUAUCGCCGCUGCUUUCGGGGGUGGAGAGAUUAUACCUCAACAACAACCGGUUCAUAGGUGAGGUUCCGGCGAGGUUCGCGGAGAGGCUGGAGAGGGCGGGAAUGGAGGUUCUUUACCUGCAGCACAAUUUCUUGACAGGGAUGGAGAUCUCACCGGCGGCGACCAUUCCGGUGACGACUUCAUUGUGUCUGCAGUAUAACUGUAUGGUACCGCCGGUGAACACGCAGUGCCCUCUUAAAGCUGGCCCGGUGAAGACCCGGCCGGCUUGGCAGUGCCCCGAUUGGCGAGCCUGAGUGGGCCGCUCUUGUUUCAGUUCAUUCAUUCUUUCAUGGGCUCAUAUUAUUUCAUUAGAAACCAAGAGUGAAGGAAAUAAGCGCGCUUUGUUGAAAAAUAGAUCAAUUAUAUGUUUGUUCAUAAAGUAUUUUACAUAGCUAAUCCCAGAAAUACUUAA